GGGGCGUGGUCAGGGAUGGCCCCGCCCCUCCGCGGCGCCCAGGCGGCGGCGCCAUUGGCUGCGCGGGCGGUGACGUCAGCGCACUGCGGCGGCUCCGCGCGGCCCCGGUGGCGUCGCCUUAAAGGGGCCGCGCUCGCGGCGGCCGCGGCACCGGCCCCGCCACCGACUCGGACACCGGCUCGGGCUCCGGCACCGGCACCGGCGGCGCUCCCGGCACGGCCCCGCCCGCCCCCGCCGGCGCCCCGGGAUGGUCCCACCAUGAGAAGGUGCUGCCAGGGCGUGGGGCUGCCAUGCCUGUUUAAGGGCGUGGGCAUGGCCACCCCCCGGCCCCCCCGGUUCCUGCUGGUGUUCGACUUCGACGAGACCAUCGUGGCCGAGAACAGCGACGACUCGGUGCUGCGCCUGGCGCCGGGGCAGGCGCUGCCGGAGCCGCUGCGGCAGAGCCAGCGCCAGGGCUCCUACAACGAGUACAUGCGGCGCGUCCUCGCCUUCCUGGGCGACCAGGGCGUGCGCCCCGCGGACUUCAAGGCCCUCUACGAGAACAUCCCGCUGAGCCCGGGCAUGCCGGAGCUCUUCCAGUUCCUCUCCAAGAACCACGAGCUCUUCGAGCUCAUCCUCAUCUCCGACGCCAACAUGUUCGGCAUCGAGGCCAAGCUGAGGGCGGCCGGCGUCCACUCGCUCUUCAGGAAGAUCUUCAGCAACCCGUCCAGCUUCGACAAGAGGGGCUACCUCACCCUGGGGCCCUACCACAGCCACAAGUGCCUUGACUGCCCGGCCAACAUGUGCAAGAGGAAGAUCCUGACGGAAUACCUGGCGGAGAGGGCGCAGGAGGAGGUGGAGUUCGAGCGGGUCUUCUACGUGGGAGACGGCGCCAACGAUUUCUGCCCUUCCGUGGCUUUGACUUCGGCGGACGUGGCUUUCCCACGGAAGGGCUUCCCCAUGCACAGGCUGACCCAGGAGAUGGAGCAGAAGCAGCCCGGGGCCUUCCAGGCCACCGUUGUCCCGUGGGAAUCGGCCGCGGAGGUCGCCCGGUACCUCCAGGAGCUCCUCAAGAGGAAAUGCUGAGGGAGGCUCCGGAGUGUCCCGCAAGCGGCCGGGAAAAAGAGAAGCCUGGGGUGGUCACGCCCUGUGCCCCUGCCUGUCCCCGCUCCCGGGGGGUUUUCCUGCCUUCCCGAGCUCCCUCCCCGGUGAAUAAAGCACUUUCUCCAGGCCCCUGUCCCGCCCCUGCCAUGGUGAGAUGGAGCCGUCCCUGCAGCUCGGACUCCUGGGCCCCCCGGGGGCCUUUGCCAACGUUGUUGGGGAUUGGUUUGGGUCGUGUUGGUUUUUUUUCUUUUCCCUUUUGGCUUCACGAGGGAAUUCCUGAAAAUCCAGAAGCCAGUUCCCUGCGGGCUGGGAACAUCCUUCCUCCUGCCAUCCUCCCCCUCCCGGCCACACGAGGAGCUGCCUGCUCCUGCUCGAGGGCUCCUUCCCUCUUUGUGAGCCCGCCGGGAAUGUAAUCCAGGAAAUCCAUGCUCCCUGGCUCCUCCACAUCCCACCCAGGCAGGGCAGCUCCAGGCCCAGCUGCUGAGCCUCGGGAUGGGGUUAAUUGUCCCUCGGGACUUUAUUCUCUGAGAAAAACAUGACGUGAGGACCAGGAAAGCUUUUGGAGAGGUGGCAGCUUGGAACGAACCUCCCCAGCCCGGCCCCGCUCCCUGCCCAGGGAGGAGGAGCUGUCCUUGCCUUCCACCUCCAUCCUCUGCUCCUGCUCCCGGGGUGGAGUGUCCCUGUGUCCCUGACAGGUUCCUCCUUGCCCUGAGCCAUUUCCAGUCGUGUCCCUGUGCUUGCUGGAUCGUGUGACUCCCCUCUUCCCCCAGGGAGGGGCCAGUUCCCCUCCUGACCUGGUGGAGAGGUGCCCAACCUCCCCAGGGGAGGUUUCGUGGUGCUGUGGCACUUCUGGCACCGGGUCCCCAGAGGCCAAACCCCCCCCUUUCCUGUGUCCCCCCCCCACUGCAGUAUUAAUUACCCCUUCUAAUUGCACUCUGCAGGGGGGACCUCCAGGAUCCGCUGCUCUCCGGUGUUGGCUUCUCCUGGAUUUAUCCACAGCCUUACCGGCCCCCGAGGGUGGCUCGUGACUCCUCCAAACCCUGGGAUCCCUGACAGCAAACCCCAGCAGUAAGGAAAUAACCAAAGCAGCCCUGAGUUGUUCCUCCUCUUAUUUCACCCCCUCCUCUUUGUUCUUCCUGCUCCGGACCCCGUUCGACUGUGUGGAACUCAAAGCCAUGGAAUUAAAGCUACGUGUAUAUGUACAGAGACAGAGCUCUAUAUUGCAGACACAAAGUUGGUUGUGUCCAGGACAUAAACCUGGGUGUGAAACA